GUUUUUACAGUUCAGAAAAACACAAGGUUAUGAUAACCAACAUUAGGACAGUUACUUGAUGUGUUGGAUUGUUGGAUAACUAUUUAUUUAUAAGGUGAUGUGUCAAAAAAGUCUUGGUCUAGUGUAUGCCUUCAGCAUAUUCUCUUUAGUGGUGGCCACAGUGUUACCCCAGCCUGCCACAACCAUUCUCUGUGAAACAAGAUGCGAGUCAUCCACUCCAAACUUAGGUCGACUUAAGCAACUAUGGCACAGAAUGUCAAAACGAAUAGGAAAAGAUGAUAUGUCGUUUGCAGCAUUCGUCCAGUCUUUAAUUGCCGCCUCGGAGAGAUACAGUCGACUAGAACCAGUAGGAAAUUAUCUGAUAACUAUGAUUGACAGAUACCAGGAUUGUGUGAGAGCUUGUGAACAUCAACACAGCAAACGAGCUGACGAACGAACCUCAGAUUCUUUUAUCAGAAAACAAAUUUGUAUUUCUCAUGGCUUUUGCUUAUGACAAGGAAUAUUUGGAUUCCGCGUACAAGGCUUCUGUGAAGUGUGAACUUGGAUCAGACCAAAGAAAAUGAAAACAGAUUUUUUUUUCUAUUUUCAAGCAGAAACGUUUAGACUUGUAUUCAAAUCACAAAAAUAGAAUAAUGACAUCCAUUUUGCAUACUUACCAUACAAAAAAUAGAAUAAGCGAAAACUUUUUCUAAUUGAAUAUUAAGAUAUAUUAAUACGCUGCAAAGGGAUGAAACAUUGUUAUGAAAUUGUGUUUUGUAAAAAAAAAAAAAAGAAUGAAUGUUUAAAAAUAGCUUAUAUGAACGAA